AUGCCGGAAAUAGUCGACGACAAGUCCCAGCAUUGUAUUCCGUUCCUUCUGGAGCGCCUGCAAGCUCAUAUCGAGCGGCAUCGCAAAGCAAAUGGCUCAGCCGAUACCCCACCGUUCUUCCUAGGUCUCAAUGGCGUGCAGGGAGCCGGCAAGACAGUUCUGGUGUCAACAUUGCAAGACACUCUCCGCUCUGCGCCGUACUCGCUCUCUGUCGUGACCCUCUCGCUCGAUGACAUCUACCUCACCCGCGCCGACCAGGAAGCUCUUGCUAAGACGCACCCAUCAAAUCCGCUGCUCCAGCACCGCGGCCAACCUUCGACGCACGAUCUAGCGCUAGGCGAAAAGGUCUUCGAUUCCCUUGUGGCGGAGCGCCCCACUGCCAUACCGCAGUAUGACAAGUCUGCUUUUGCGGGGCAGGGUGAUCGCGUGCCCGAGUCACAAUGGCAGGUCGUGAACUCUGAAGGGCAGGAGAAAGUCAAAGUGGUCAUCUUCGAGGGUUGGUGUGUUGGUUUCCGUGCCUGGGAUGAGAAGACCCUGCGCGAGAAGUGGGAUGCUGCUGUGCGGCAGAAGGAGAGCGGCGAAUACCAAGGCCGAUUGGGUCAUGUCAAAUUUGAGGAUGUUCAGACUGUGAACGAUGCCUUGAAACAAUAUGACUUGUUGACUGACAAACUUGACGCACUAAUCCACAUUGACACGCAAAACCUUCGGUUUGUCUACGAAUGGCGCCAGGAGCAAGAGCGCGGUUUGCGAGCUGCCAAGGGUGCUGGAAUGACUGAGGAGCAGGUCAAUCACUUCGUGGACGGCUACUAUCCCUCCUACGAGCUUUUCACCGAGAUCCUCCGCGACGGGGCCUUCAAGCCUGCUGCGCCCCAGCAGUCCACAGCAUCCGACUGGCAAGGCAGACAGCUUCGCCUUAUUGUUGAUCGUAACAGGAGGGUCCAGGAGGUGGUCCGCAUCUAA